AUGGCGUCGAAGACAGUCUUCCAACAGAGGAAGCGACGCCGUUUCGGUCUCCUGAAGGGCAAGUCGCCCUCUCAGUUGAGGAUGUCAAUCGUAAAGAUCCCGGAUGCUGGCGGAGACAACAUCACUUUCCUCGAAGUGGAUGGUCAUCUGUACCCAAAAGGCGAUGUUGAUCAUCCCGUUGAAGUUGCGGUCAAAGGCAUGCGCGACCUCCCCAUCAGAGAGGAUGACGUCUUUGUCUGCGCGUAUCCUAAAUGUGGCACUCACUGGGUGUGGGAAAUGGCCCGACUUCUCCUGUCGAGCGACACAGAGGCUGUUGUUAAUAAGGAAAAAAUUAUGUUAGAGGCCUCCGGAAAUGACGUCCUAGAGAAGUCCCCGUCCCCGCGCAUUUUAAACACGCAUUGCCUUGUCGAGCAGCUGCCACGUGGUGUGUUUGAGAAGAAGUGCAAAAUCAUCUACAUUCUUCGAAACCCCAAGGACAUGGCAGUGUCGUACUUCCACCACCACAAGAAACUUACCCAUGUUUAUGACUAUCAUGGGAAAUGGGAAAAUUAUUUCCCUUUACUGCUGGAUGGGAAAGAAAAGAUGGAAUAUGUCGAAGGAUACUUCAAGAUGAAGCUUUGGCACCUAACUGCAUACAGGAUCGAUCGAGGUAGCGUGGUGGUGUGGGCGGCAGUCUCGCACAAUGGCAAGACAAUCUGGUUCCCGUUCAAGGCAACUUAG